CUAGUAUGAAAACGAUCAAAUCAGGCCCUCUCUGUAGACACACCAUCAAUUCCGCUCCUCUCACAUACAAUACAAUUACUUUAAUAGAACCCCAAUUUCUUAAUGGGGUUCUUCUCUAAUCAAGAUUUGAAUCUUUGAUUAUCUUAUAGGCCUCAGUAGCUUUUUGUGAUUUAAUUUGGGCUCUCAAACCAAUCUUUCAUUGGAUUGAGUAAUGUGGAUGAAUUGAUAAAAAGAGCUGAUAAUGGGAAGUUUUUUUCGUGGUUUUGUGUUGCCAUCUCUGCUCUUAUCAGCUGGUUUACUCAAUUGGAGUUUGAUUUCUCUUGUCAAUUUGGUGUCUUCUCUUCUUCUGCGAUUUACUGCACCAAAAAGAGGAUUCCGUUUCAAAGGGAGAGUUCUGUUGUGGUUUGUUUUUCUAUUUUCAGUUCUUACUAUUCUGCUGGAAGUGGUUUUUCUUAUUGUAUCGGCUAUUUUGGGUGCGGAACGGGCAUUAGCUGAUGCCUGGUGGAUGAAACUUAUUGGAUUGAUGAAAGUGAAGUCAUGGAGGUCGCCCUCAGUAAUUUAUCUCUUGGUUCUGCAACUAUUAUCUGCUGGCGUUACUUUAUUUGAAAUCUAUGGUAACAGAUUUCGCUUGGCUCAGCUGCAGGAUUCCCAAUGGGAACAUCUCUUAUCAGUUCUGGAACAAAUUGGUUCCUGUCUUAGAGUGAGUUCUUGCUUAUUUCUGCCUGCUCUUCAAUUGAUUGUGGGAAUUAGCAAUCCCUCUUGGCUUUCUCUACCGUUCUUUAUUUGUAGCUGUGUGGGCCUAGUUGAUUUGUCUUUAACAAGCAACUUUUUAGGUUUAUUCAGGUGGUGGAAGUUUCUUUGGCUAUAUGCUGGUUUCAACAUUUGUCUGCUUUAUUUUUAUCAGCUCCCUAUCGCAUUUCCACAGAUGUUCUAUGUAGUAGCUGAUUAUAUUGGUCUAUACAAGAUAUCAACAAACUCUGGUUGGCAAGAAAUCUGUUCUGGCCUCUCUCUUUUGGCAUUCUACUAUUUGAUCUCUUUGGUUAAGGAUGAUUUGGAGGAAAUGUAUUUCAUCAUGACCAUGAGCGAAGGGAACUUAACUGAGCGGCUUCUUCCCUUGCGGCAUUCCUUUUUUGUUCGCGAAAACAGAUCUGGUGUGAGGCAUACUAAUGUUUUAUUGAGGAGAACAGUUUUCCGAAUUUUCACUAUCAACUUUUUCACGUACGGCUUCCCGGUCUCAUUGUUUGCCCUUUCUUUUUGGAGCUUCCAUUUUGCAAGUAUAUGUGCGUUUGGACUGCUUGCAUAUAUUGGCUACAUCUUGUACGCUUUUCCAUCCUUGUUUCGUCUACAUCGAUUGAAUGGGUUGCUUCUAGUCUUCAUUCUUUUGUGGGCAGUUAGCACGUAUGUAUUUAAUGUGGGCUUCGUUUUCCUCAACUGGAAGCUCGGGAAGGACAUGGAGAUCUGGGAGAUGGUUGGGUUGUGGCAUUAUCCUAUUCCUGGCUUCUUCCUGCUCGCACAGUUUUUCCUUGGAAUCCUUGUUGCAGUUGGUAAUCUCGUAAAUAACUCUGUUUUUCUGUGCAUGUCAGAUGAAGAAAACCAAUCAUCAAGUGACAGCUUCAGUGAAGAAGUGAAAGAAGAGACCAAAGUGUUGAUUGUGGCAACAGUUGCCUGGGGAUUACGGAAAUGUUCUCGGGCUAUUAUGCUAGUAUUAAUAUUCCUUAUUGCAACAAAACCUGGAUUCAUCCAUGCUGUGUAUAUGGUAUUCUUUUUUGUUUAUCUUCUGAGCCACGAUAUCAAUGAAAAGAUGCGCCAGUCUUUAAUCCUUCUAUGCGAGGCUCAUUUUGCCAUCCUGUAUAUUCUUCAGCUUAAUCUGAUCUCUAAAACACUGGAACGUGAAAGCUCAUUGAGUAUGGUGAUCCUAUCUCAGUUGGGUCUCCUCCAAAGUGAUAGCUAUUGGGACUUCCUCGAAAUAGCGGUGCUUGCAUGCUUCUGUGCAGUUCAUAACCAUGGCUUUGAUGUGUUAUUCUCAUUUUCAGCCAUUGUACAGCAUACACCCUGUCCUCCUGUGGGAUUUAGCAUUUUAAAAGCUGGGUUGAACAAAUCAGUCCUGUUGUCUGUUUAUGCCUCUUCCAGCAGUAGAGACCAUGAUCAUGAUCAUUCACAUGAAAAAAGGAUAGCUUCAUACCUCAGUGCCAUAGGGAAGAAAUUUUUGUCUGUAUAUAGAUCAUUUGGAACCUAUAUAGCUUUUGUGACCAUUCUUAUCACUGUGUAUCUGGUGAAACCCAACUACAUAUCUUUUGGGUACAUCUUCCUUCUUCUCCUCUGGAUCAUUGGAAGACAACUAGUCGAGAAGACAAAAAGACGCCUAUGGUAUCCAUUAAAACUCUAUGGAAUUUUAGUGUUUGUUCUCAUCUAUAGUUUGAGCAUUUUCCCAACUUUUGAGGCCUGGAUGUCCAGAAAUUUUGAUAUUCAGUUGUACCUUGGCUAUGACCAUGAAGCAUCACUAUUGGAAAAUGUAUGGCAGUCUCUUGCAAUUGUAAUUGUAAUGCAAAUGUAUAGCUAUGAAAGGCGACAAAGCAAAUACAUCCAUUCGGAAGAUCCUGGUCCAUCACAGUUUGGGAUAUUUGGUUUCGUCAGACGGUUUCUCAUUUGGCACAGUCAAAAAAUUUUGUUCGUUGCACUGUUUUAUGCAUCUUUAUCUCCAAUAAGUGCAUUUGGGCUUUUCUAUCUUCUGGGUCUUGUCCUCUGUUCAACCCUGCCAAAAGCUUCCCGAAUACCAUCCAAGCUGUUCUUGAUUUACACUGGACUUAUAGUGGCCACUGAAUAUCUGUUUCAGAUGUGGGGUAAAGAGGCUGGGAUGUUUCCUGGUCAAAAGCAUUAUGCUUUAUCUCUUAUCUUGGGCCUUGAGGUAUAUAGACCAAGCUUUUGGGGACUUGAAGCAGGUUUGAGGGCUAAAGUGCUGGUGAUUGCUGCAUGUACACUUCAGUAUAAUGUUUUCCAUUGGUUGGAAAAGAUGCCAACUUCUCUUUUAAAUGGCACUAGAUCUGGGGAACCUUGUCCACUGUUUGUCUCAGAAGAAGAUAUAUUGCCUUUAGUUUCCGAUGGGGAAAACAAGCCAGCUGCAAACUCCAGUGGAUUGUCUACACAAGGGAUGCGGGCAACAAGCAAGUCAUGGCCAUACUUUGGCCAGAAUAUCCAUCAAUCAUCUCAUGACGUGUCCUCUACAACAGGAGUCUCUGAUGAUAGCAGUAGAAGAAAAUAUUCUUUUGGUUCCAUCUGGGGAAGCAGAAAGGAGAGUCAUAAAUGGAAUAAGAAGCUUGUUCUUGCACUGAGAAAAGAAAGACUUGAAAUGCAGAAGGCUACCUUGAAAAUUUAUUUGAAGUUUUGGGUGGAGAAUAUGUUCAACCUCUUUGGGCUUGAGAUCAAUAUGGUUGGACUGCUUCUCGCCAGCUUUGCUUUACUUAAUGCUGUCUCCUUGCUCUACAUUGCUUUGCUAGCUGCUUGUGUUCUUCUGAGACGACGAAUCAUUCGUAAAGUUUGGCCGAUUUUUGUAUUUUUGUUUACUUUGAUUCUUCUGCUGGAGUACUUUGCCAUGUGGAAGAGCUUGAUGCCUUUAAAUAAGCACCUACCAAAUCAGUCCGUGCAUUGUCAUGAUUGCUGGAGCAGCUCGGAUGCAUAUUUUGAUUAUUGUAAAAAGUGUUGGCUUGGGCUUACUGUUGAUGACCCUCGAAUGCUGAUCAGUUAUUAUGUGGUCUUCAUGCUUGCAUGUUUCAAGCUCCAUGCUGAUCGCACAUCCAGUUUAUCAGGGUCAUUUACGUACCGUCAGAUGGUCUCACAGCGCAAGAAUUCUUUUGUGUGGCGAGAUCUAUCAUUUGAAACCAAAAGCAUGUGGACCUUUCUUGACUACUUGAGGCUCUACUGCUAUUGUCAUCUUUUGGAUCUUGUACUUGCUUUGAUUCUGAUAACAGGUACCCUCGAGUAUGAUAUUCUGCAUCUUGGAUAUCUUGGCUUUGCUCUGAUCUUCUUCCGAAUGAGACUUACGAUUUUGAAAAAGAAAAAUAAGAUAUUCAAGUAUCUUCGCAUAUACAAUUUUGCUGUUAUAGUUCUCUCUCUGGCCUAUCAGUCUCCAUUUAUUGGUGAUUUCAAUGCGGGAAAAUGUGAAACAAUAGAUUACAUUUAUGAGAUGAUUGGAUUCUACAAAUAUGAUUAUGGCUUUCGAAUUACCUCGAGAUCAGCUUUGGUCGAGAUCAUUAUUUUUGUGCUUGUCGCACUGCAAUCAUACAUGUUCUCUUCCCCAGAAUUUGAUUAUGUGUUCCGUUAUCUUGAGGCGGAACAAAUUGGUGCUGUUGUACGCGAGCAAGAGAAGAAAGCUGCCUGGAAGACUGCACAGUUACAGCACAUUCGUGAAUCUGAGGAGAAGAAACGCCAGCGAAAUUUGCAAGUGGAGAAGAUGAAAUCAGAGAUGCUCAACCUACAAAUACAGCUUCAUAGUACUGAAGCAAAUUCUGCUGCCACUCGUGGUGACACUUCUCCUGCUAGUGAGGGUUUAAGGAGGAGGAAGAAUCUUUCACAUCCGAACUUAGGGGAAAGACACCCAGAUAAACUGGAGAUAAAUGUUAAUUCAGACCCUGUGUUUUCUCAUGAUUUCCCUGAAUCUCCAAGUAGUGCUAGGGCAGAAAGCCCAUUGGCGACAGAACUAAUGAAUCACCCGAUGGUAGCUUCUAUAUGUGAGAUAAGUGAAAUUGAAGAAGAUGCAGGUCAUAAUACUUUGAACCCGGAUAAAGAAAACAAAAGAAAAGGCCAAUCCAAGGAUAACCCUUUGGUUUCUGCAGUACAGUUGAUUGGUGAUGGUGUUUCUCAAGUACAGUCCAUCGGAAAUCAGGCUGUAAGCAAUAUUGUGAGCUUUCUGAACAUUCCACAAGAUGAUUCUGAUUCUAAUGGGACCUCAACUGCUGGGGAUGGAAUAUCUUAUGAGAGAGAGGGUGAAAAUGCUACACACACUCAUCUGGAUCGUUCUUCUUCUCUGCAAUCUGAUAGGAGUAGAACGUCUGAAACAGCAAGUUUGCAAAUUGGGAGAAUCUUCCAUCACAUAUGGUCCCAGAUGCGUUCAAAUAAUGAUGUUGUAUGCUAUUGUUGCUUUCUUCUCGUCUUCCUUUGGAAUUUCAGUUUGCUUUCUAUGGUGUACCUGGCAGCUCUCUUUUUAUAUGCUCUUUGUGUGAAUACUGGGCCAAGUUACAUCUUUUGGGUCGUCAUGCUAAUCUACACAGAGAUAUACAUUUUAGUCCAGUAUCUUUAUCAAAUAGUUAUUCAGCACUGUGGUUUCAGCAUCCAGUCAACUACUCUUCAAGAGUUGGGUUUUCCUACAAAACGGAUAACAUCUGCUUUUGUAAUAAGCUCGCUGCCGUUAUUUCUGGUCUACUUGUUUACCCUCUUACAGAGCUCUAUAACAGCAAAAGAUGGUGAAUGGUUUUCUCUAGGAUACAGUAAUUGGAAAAGGAGACUCUUGGACCCAAAGGAGGACCUCGUGGCAUCUGGGUGGAGUGAGAAGGCGAACAAGCUCUUCCUUCCCAUAAAAAAUAUGGUGAAAAUGGUGAUUAGAGGCUGUUGUAGGUAUUGGAAAUCACUAACACAGGAGGCAGAAUCGCCACCGUACUUUGUCCAGUUGUCCAUGGAUGUCCACGUGUGGCCAGAGGAUGGAAUCCAACCGGAGAGGAUUGAAUCUGGAAUAAAUCAAUUGCUAAGGCUUAUGCAUGAUGAUAGAUGCAAAAACCAAAACCCCAGCCAUUGUUCUUGUUCUAGUAGGGUCCAAAUUCAAAGCAUUGAAAAGAGUAGUGAAAAUCCAUACAUCGCAUUGGCUGUUUUCGAGGUGGUUUAUGCCUGCCCAUCGACAGAAUGUACACCUGAACAG